UCCACGCGCUUCGUUCCGCAGAGCGCGGACACACUCCAGCGUCUCAUUCAAGCGCUUCACACUCAGCUGAAUGGACGAACAGCUCGUGAACUCACUGUACGACAUUCAGCGCUUCAGAGGACGGACAACACGGUCAGAUGAGUGACAGAGGGAGUGAACAAACUAGUGAGAGCUCAGAGUCCUGCAGCUCCGCGCGCCUCGCAGCAGACAUCACUCACACUUUAUCGUAAUGCGCGGUUGUGGAUUUCUCCAAGAGAGCGGCUGAAGUGCUUUUCAGCUCUCAUUUUUAUUUCAUGAGUUCAAAUUGUUUCGCCUGACAUGUUCCAAUGAGAAUAUCUUUUGGUUGAAACUAUAAUCUAUUCUUAUGCCGUAAAGAAGAGCGCAAAUCUUGUUGGAAGCCGGACAAAUGGCUUCUGUUGUCAUAGGAACCCUGUUAUUGAUGCUUUACAACAUCUACAGCUCUUCAGGGUCGCGUCCACGUUUGGAGGAUUCUCCCCCCAGGAUAGUGGAGGAUCCCUCUGAUCUGAUCGUGUCAAAGGGUGAGCCGGCCACUCUGAACUGCAAGGCGGAGGGUCGACCCGCUCCCACUGUGCAGUGGUAUAAAGAUGGCGAGCACGUUGAAACUGAUAAAGACGACCCUCGCUCUCACCGCAUGCUGCUGCCCAGCGGCUCACUAUUCUUCCUGCGCAUCGUUCACGGACGCCGCAGCAAACCUGACGAGGGUGUUUACACUUGUGUUGCCCGCAAUUACCUCGGAGAGGCCGUUAGCCGAAACGCCUCACUGGAAGUAGCCAUUCUCCGGGACGAUUUCCGGCAGCCUCCCAAUGACGUGGUGGUGGCAGCAGGAGAGCCCGCGGUGCUGGACUGUGUGCCUCCCAGGGGUCACCCUGAGCCCACCGUCUCCUGGAAGAGGAACAAUGUUCGUGUCAGUGACAAGGACGGCAGGAUCUCUAUGCGUGGUGGCAAGCUGAUCAUUUCUCACACCCGGAAAAGUGACGCAGGCAUGUAUGUGUGUGUGGGCACCAAUAUGGUGGGCGAGAGAGACAGCGAUCCAGCCGAACUCGUAGUGUUUGAGCGGCCAGUGUUUAUCCGCAGACCUGUGAAUCAGAUUGUUCUGGCUGAGGAGAGUGUGGAUUUCUUGUGUGAGGUUCAUGGAGAUCCGGCUCCGACUGUCCGCUGGAACAGAGACCAGGGAGAAUUACCACGCGGGAGAUUCGAGAUCCGCAGUGACAACAGCCUGCAUCUGACAAGGGUCCGAGCAGAGGACGAGGGCACUUACACGUGUGUCACCGAAAACAGUGUGGGCAAAACCGAAGCCUCCGCCGUGCUGCAGGUCCAUGUACCCCCUCAGAUUGAUGUACGACCCCUGGAUCAAGUUGCUGUCCAAGGACGAACAGUGACUUUCCAAUGUGGCACCCAGGGAAACCCGCUUCCUGCUGUUUUUUGGCAGAAAGAAGGCAGUCAGAUGCUGCUUUUCCCCGGCCAACCUCCUUCCCAGUCGGGCCGUUAUUCGGUGUCCAUGAACGGAGAGCUGUCCAUAUCGGAUGUUCACUCGGAGGACUCGGGUUAUUAUAUCUGCCAGGCCAUCAGUGUGGCGGGGAGCAUCAUCGCCAAGGCUUUGCUGGAAGUGGAAGCCGCGUCUGGAUCAUCGUCUGUCCAGCGGGUCUCUCAGUCGCUGCAGUUGCCUGGUCCUCCGCUGAAGCCUGUUGUGACGGAUGUGACCUCCAGCAGCGUCACUCUCACCUGGCAGCCCAAUCCUCAUGAGGGUGGAGCAGCUGUAACCUCAUACAUCGUCGAGGCCUUCAGUCAGUCAGUGGGCAGCACAUGGCAGACAGUCGCUGACCUCGUGAAGCAAGAGAAGCACACUGUUUCUGGGCUUUACCCCAAUACUGUGUAUCUGUUCAUCAUUCGAGCGGUCAACUCUUAUGGACUCAGCGACCCCAGUCCCAUCUCAGAGCCCGUCCGGACGCAGGAUGGUCCAGAAGGUCAGGGAAAAGACCAGGCUCAUGUGCAGAUGGAUUUAGGAGGGGUGAAGGUUCGCCUGCAGCCACCAGAAGUCUUGAGCCCGACUAGUGUUCAGAUCACGUGGACUCUUGACCGUCACCCUCGCUAUAUCCAAGGCUACAGGCUGUUUUACAGGCCAGUGGGGAGCACCUGGAUGUUCCAGGACAUAAAAGCUGGUCCACUUCACACUGCUGUCCUAACAGAGCUACACGGAGGAAAAGAAUACGAGCUCAAAAUGAGACCUUACUACAAUGAGUUUCAGGGGAUUGACAGCGAAAUCAUAAUGGUCCGCACUCCUCACGAAGUGCUGUGCGGACCUCCUCAGGGAGUCAGCGUGGUGCAGUUAAGCAACAGUUCAAUCGUGCGAGUGUCCUGGCAGCCUCCUCCUCCUGAUGUGCCAGAAGAGCUCAUACUGGAGUAUAGGGUGUGGUGUCUGGGAAACGAGUCUCAGCAGGUGCUCAACAGGACUGUGGAUGGGGAUAUGCUGUGGGUGAUGCUGGAUGGUUUGAUGGCUGAGUCAGCGUAUCGUGUGCAGGUUGCAGCGGUGACUAGUGCUGGAGUGGGUGUUUACAGCCAGCCUGUCUUCAUCUUCCUCAAAGUAGCAAUAGAUCAGUCGUUGUCAGUGGUGAAGGAUGACAGUGUCAGCCUAUCGGAGCAGAUCACAGGGGUGGUCCGUCAGCCUGCCUUCAUCGCCGGGAUUGGUGUAUCGUCCUGGAUGGUUUUAAUGGGAUUCAGCGCCUGGAUUUACUGCAGACACAGGAGGAGAAAAGAGCUUGGACACUACACUACUUCCUUUGCAUACACACCCGCAGUUGCACUCUCUCGGGGUGAUGGGUCAGAUCUUAUCAAUGGAAGGCCAUGUUUGCUCGAGUCACACUUGGGAAACUACCCCUGGCUGGCAGAUUCAUGGCCCACUGGCAACUUCUCUCGAAAUGGAAAAGACUCGGUCAACUGCUGUGCUGGCAGACUGGACUCCACAGAUCAAUACUACAACACUUCGGGAUUCUCAAAUUAUGUGAGCCAGAAUGGGAAUUACAGCCCAGCCUCAAAUGAAGGCGCCAUUUACUGUACCAUCAACCCUGCCGAUGCAGAUGAACAUGACCUGUGCAGUAUGUACUCUCAGGGCCCUGACCCAUACACCAGCUCUCCAGUCCUCUCCAAAACUGACCUGUACAGCAUGGAGCAAGACCUGGACCAGUGGAGCCUUCAGUCCAGCCACAGCGGAGCAGAAUAUGCAAAACUCCAAUACCCAAGAGGCCAAAACGGCAAACUGGUGAAGCAGAAGUCUCCAGGGCAAAGCUCCUCACCCACAUGGUCUGAUGUGCUGUCAUUGCAUUCAGUACAAAACAAGGAGGUUCAAAUCCCAGACAAAAGACACAGCCCUGAGGAUGAUGGAGAGUGGUGUCCUCCUCUGCCUGAGCGAACUUAUCUGAUUGAGGAUGCAGCCACUCUACCUUUAAGAGGAGAGGAAUCCAGCAGAGCCACAACCUACAGCCUGCAGUCCACAGUAACCCUCACACCCUCCCCAAGUGAUGAACAACACCCGGCUAACCCACGCCUGCAGCAUCCAGACCUGCUGCCAUGGAAACCACCGUGCUCACACAACACACAGUUUGCUCUCUCCAACCCAAAGCCGUUUGCCAAAACAGAGUCUGUUAAUGGCAGCGCUCCUCACCACAGCAGCCCUUGGAGAGACAUGGCCGAAAUGGAGGAACUCUUCUCCGGCAGCACAGCCACUAGAGAAUAUACGUCAUUCACUUCCUCAAUUCACAAGCCCAGGCCCAAGAAGAAAUCUCAUAAGGAUGGCCUUGCGAGACGAGAAGUGUCCAAAUCAGGGAACCUGCCGCCUCCACCCGAACCUCCUCCUCUAACAGAAGAGCCACUCAAGCACCUGACAGACAUUCUGGACACUGGAGGAAGCAGGACGACCCCGCAGCACAGAGAGAGGAGAUCUGACCGCAAAACAGCCGCACAGUGGAGCACACAAGAUGAAGAUCUAAUCCAGUAUUUCAAAGCAAACCUGCUGUCCAGCCACUGUUCGCUCUCCAGAAGCUCCGCGUCUCAAUCCUCCGCAAGCUCUCGCUCCUUGGGGUCUGGAAGGAGGAGAAACGAGAAUAUGAUAUGAGGAGAGGAAAUCGUCCUGUUGCUCAACACAGCGUACGCCAUGCAGUGUAAAUGCCGCCACGCUCUUGUCCUUCACCUCUGUAUUAUCGUUUGUCUGAUUUUUUUAAGCGUUUUUAAAUGAUCCAUUGUUGUCCUACCUCUGUAUGUAUAUAUCUAUUUUUUACGACAUGUGAGGGAAAAAAGGCACACUGGAAGGUAUGCUGUUUUCUUAUUAUUAUUUAUUGUAUUUAUUUGCUUAAAAAGAAAACGAAGAAAAAUGUUAGCUGAACAUGAUGUUUGAAUGUAUCUGGUGCAUACUGUACAUGUAUGCCUCGAUGUCUACAUGUAUUAAUAAUAAUUAAAAAAGGUGUUCCGACAUUUUUUUUUGUGACAAAUAUAGGAGAUAUUAUCAGGCACAAAUCUAUGUGAACAAACCAUCCAAUUAUACAUCAGUAAGUCUGUAGAAUAUCAAACGUUUCUUGUUGUAAAUCCUCACUAGGACUGUCUCAUGAUCCUGUGCUCACUGAAAGGGGCUGUUCUCUUCUCCUUGAGAAUGAUUCGCACUCUGUCAGACUGUUUUCUCCACAAAUGCAUCAGUCAUAUGCAGACCGCGGAUAAAACAAUAAAACUCAUG